UAAUAGUGUUUUACAACUGGCCCGGGGGCUAACCCGAGGGCAGUCGUUGUAAAUAAUAAUUUAAACAAAAUAAAUUAACCUUUUUUUUUGUGUGAAGUAUUUUAUUAGUUCAAAGCGAUUUGAAAAUAUACGCUAUAUUGCCGUUGAGUCAACUCCAGAGGGCGUAAAAUUAAGUUUAGCUACUAAUUUUACUCGAGAGUGAUCUCACUCCUCUACUAUUUUAUUAUAAUCUUUGAUGUUUUUGUGCUCUUCGUCUCUUCGCCACUCAUGAUCACAAUAGUGUAAUUUAUAUAAAUCCUUUUAUACAACUUAAACAAAAUAAUUUAUUGAUUGAUAAAAAGAAGAUUAUUUUAUAGACAUAAACAGUGAUGCUUAACUAGAUUAAGAGCCCCGCCUAUAAUUAUUUGUGUUGGCGUAUGGCUAGCGAGAAUCUUUUAGUUUAAACUUAAAAGUUUAUUCCGACAAACUAUUAUCGUAUAUGCACCACUGUCCAUAAAUUUAGAUUACUAAUGGGGUGUGCUCAAAGUGAAAUAGCUCCUCAAAAUGAACAACCAAAAAAGGGUUGCACUGAUGUAUUAUGGCUUGUUAUUUAUGUAAUUUUUUGGAUACUAAUGAUUAUUGUUGCUGCAAUUGCCUUUGUGUAUGGAAAUCCACAACGCCUUAUAAAUGGUUAUGAUUCAUUUGGAAAUACCUGUGGAGUGGCAAAUAAUAAGAAAUUAAUAAAUUUUCCACUUGCGGGCAUAAGCACAGUUGAUAAGCCUUACUUGUUUUUUAUGGAUAUCAAAGAGUUGCGGAAAUCUCUUAAGAUUUGUGUUAAGAAAUGUCCAAGCAAGAAGAUGGAAACUUUUACAGAUAUACAAACUUUUUACAAAGAAACUGGGUCAAGUUUGUGUAGAUAUGAUAUUAAUUUGAACACAACAACUAAUAACCACGGUUUAAACAAUUACAUAGGCCCUUGCCCUGUGUUACCAGUUUAUGAAUCAUUUCCACUUCUUAACCGAUGUUUUCCAAAGACAGCUAAAGAAGUAGCUCAAAAGGUUUUUACAGAUUUUUAUGACUUACUCAAUAGUUGGGACACAAUUGAGCAAAUGCUGUCUGAUUUAUACAAUUCUUGGAAAGAAAUGAUAAUUUGUGUUAUUAUAGCUUUUAUAUUCUCCUUAAUAAUGGUCUCAAUACUGCAUUUAUUAGCGACACUGGUUUCUUGGAUAUUUAUGAUUGUUGUGUCUGUAGUAAGCGUAGCAGGGACAGUAUUACUGUGGUACACCUAUCAUGAGCUUAGAACAAAACAGAGAGAUUUCUCUGAUAGUUCUGCAUUUUUGGCGGAAUCUUUCAAGAAUGAAAAGGCAUUUCUAUGGUACUCAAUUAUUGCAACAAUUAUAACAGUGAUCCUGUUGCUUCUUGUUUGGGUGAUGCGGUCUCGAGUAUCAUUUCUAGCAGCCCUGUUUAAGGAGACUGCUCACUGUCUUGGGUCCAUACCAGCGCUCUUCCUUCAACCAAUUAUUACAUUUUUCUUCCUUGUGCUGUUUUUUACAUUUUGGUCAUUAGUUGUUGUGUGUCUAGCUACAGCAAAUUAUCCAGGGAUUCCAUACAAAACAAACUUCUUCAUUAAUGGCUCCAUCUUGCCAGAUCAAAUUGACAAUGCAGCUGUGCAGGCGCAGACAUAUAAUGAGAGUGCUAAAUUGAAAAGCUAUAUUCUAGAUCCAAUAGAGUUCAAUCCAAUGUGGGUGAAGAGUAUGUGGUGGAUGUGCCUGAUUUGCCUUGUAUGGGGGAGCGAGUUCAUUCUCGGCUGUCAACAGAUGACCAUCGCUGGUGCUGUCUCGCAUUGGUAUUUUAGAGGUACGAACACGCACCCUUCACCAGUGAUGUAUUCGAUUGGAAAGCUUUUAAAAUAUCACUUGGGUUCUGUGGCAAAGGGGUCGUUCCUGAUUACAUUGUUCAAGAUACCGCGCUUGAUUCUCACCUAUUUACACGCUAAAUUAUCUUCGAGAGCGGAAAAGGGUUCGGAUUGUGCGAAAUGUGGACUGAAAUGCGGUAUUUGUUGCUUCUAUUGUUUGGAGAAAUUUAUUCGCUAUUUGAACCACAAUGCCUAUACAAUUAUUAGUAUUGAGAGAUGUCAUUUCUGUAAAGCGGCUGCUAAGGCUUUCAGUACAAUAGUAAACAAUGCACUCCAAGUAGCGACAAUAAACAGUGUGGGUGAUUUCAUAUUAUUCCUGGGAAAGUGCAUCGUGACCGCAUUGACUGGAAUCAUUGGGCUGUUGCUACUCAAAAGGAAUUCGGAUUUGCAUUUCUUCGCUGUUCCCACUUUGGUUAUUUGCAUUUUUUCAUUCUUCAUAGCACACUGCAUUUUGUCGCUGUAUGAGAUGGUAGUGGAUUCUCUAUUCCUCUGCGUGUGCGAAGACCGAAACAUGAACGGCGAUGACGGGAGAUGGAAGAAUUCUAGACUCGCAGAGUUGGGGGGACACAAGGCUGAUACUGCCGAAAUGGAGGAUUUACAAAAGUACUGAUUUGUAAAUUUAUGCAACUUGAUAUUGAGCAGUUAAUUAAAAAAAGUUAUUUAGUCGCCAUCUAAACGUGCCUUACACUGCUUUAUCAAUACUAAACGUCAUCUCCAGUUUUAACACCAAUAUUGCAGACAAAAAAUCUGAUAUUAUUAAAUGUGUCUGACAAAUGCGAGUUAGUUUAUAAGCUAAACUUGUCUUUGAAUUCAAAGCUAGCAGAUAGUCUUCACGUUUACUCACAAAGUGACACAGAGUCGGUGCCACUCUUCCAUGGCUGCUUGUUUGUAGAGUAAGCGUGUAUAUUUUUUUAAUCAACCAACCAACGUUUACUUAUUUCAGAGAAAAGCUUUCAAAAACGAAAAAAAAACUGAAUCUCAAUCUGAAUUUCAAUAUAAAUCAUACAAGACUUUAAUAGAAAUGUAAUUUUAACAUAAAAUUAUUUUUUAUCCAUAUUUUAUAAAAAAUGCAUAAUCAAGUUUUAGUACAAACGAAUAUUUUUAUUUUUUUACUCUUUUACGUAGUUUUUAAUUUAUACGUAAGUUAUUAAUUAAAUCUUCCAAGUACAGAAGUGACUUAGAUUGUAGUUUUUUAUUCCAAGUAAUUUUUAAUCUAUUUUGUAAGUGAAUGUCGUGUUUGGGAGUCACGCUUUUUGCACUGAGAGGUUGAUCAACCGUCCAUUAUUUUGACAAUUUGCUCUAAUCUAAAUCUAUAAUUUCUUUAUUGCUAUCAUGAAGACUUUAAUUCACAAAAAACGCUUAGGUUUUAUGCAUAUUUUUUUAUUAUUAUGUAAUAAGUUUUAAUCAAAUGAAUCAUUCAGCAUAAUAAUGUAUUUUGAUAAUUUUUAUAUUUUCUACUCAUUUUUAUUGAUUAUUUUAAUUUUUUUGAUGUUCUUAAGAACAAUGGCUAUAUAUUUUAGCAAUCUAAUUUUUAGUAUUAUUAAUUUUAAUGUUAUAAUGUAAGUUUUACCUCGAGAGCACAUUUCUUCCAUGCAUUUUUAUAUGUA